UUCUGUUUCAACAUCCUGUGUGUGGGAGAGACAGGUGUGGGCAAGUCCACCCUCAUGGACACACUAUUCAACACCAAGCUGGAAGGGGAGACAACCACCCACUACCUGCCAGGUGUCCAGCUCCGCUCCAAUACCUAUGACCUCCAGGAGAGUAACGUGGGGCUAAAGCUUACUGUGGUGAGCACUGUGGGCUUUGGAGACCAGAUCAACAAAGAGGACAGCUACAAGCCCAUUGUGGAGUUCAUUGAUGCCCAGUUUGAGGCCUACCUGCAGGAGGAGUUGAAGAUCCGGAGGGUUCUUCACAAUUAUCAUGACUCCCGUAUUCACGUCUGCCUCUAUUUCAUUGCCCCCACGGGCCACUCCCUGAAGUCUCUAGACCUGGUGACCAUGAAAAAGCUAGACAGUAAGGUCAAUAUUAUCCCCAUCAUUGCCAAAUCAGAUGCUAUUGCCAAGAGCGAACUAACCAAGUUCAAAAUCAAAAUCACAAGUGAGCUGGUGAGCAAUGGAGUGCAGAUUUAUCAGUUCCCUACUGAUGACGAGUCUGUGGCAGAGCUCAACGGGACCAUGAACGGCCACCUGCCAUUUGCGGUUGUUGGCAGCACAGAAGAACUGAAGAUUGGCAACAAGAUGGUGAAGGCACGGCAGUACCCAUGGGGCACUGUGCAGGUUGAGAACGAGGCCCACUGUGACUUUGUGAAGCUUCGGGAGAUGCUGAUUCGUGUCAACAUGGAGGACCUCCGGGAGCAGACCCAUAGCCGACACUAUGAGCUCUACCGUCGCUGCAAACUGGAAGAGAUGGGCUUCCAGGACACAGACCCCGACAACAAACCUUUCAGUUUGCAGGAGACUUAUGAAGCCAAGAGGAAUGAGUUCCUGGGAGAGCUACAGAGAAAAGAGGAGGAAAUGAGGCAGAUGUUUGUUCAGAGAGUCAAAGAAAAAGAAGCAGAACUCAAAGAAGCUGAGAAAGAGCUGCACGAGAAAUUUGACCGUCUGAAGAAGAUACACCAAGAGGAGAAGAAAAAGCUGGAGGACAAAAAGAAGACUCUGGACGAAGAAAUGAACGCCUUUAAGCAGAGAAAGUCAGCAGCAGAGCUGUCCCAGGGACAGCAGGCAGGGAGCUCCCAGACUCUCAAAAGAGACAAAGAGAAGAAGAAUAACCCGUGGCUGUGUACGGAAUAGUUUUCCCUGCUACAGCUGGAACGGACCCACACUUGGCCUUUUAAGCUGAGGUUCCCUCUUUGAGAGCUUCUUCUAGCAUGCCAGCUAUGGUCCCCAUGCGAUAAUCAGCCCCUCCCUUUAUCACUGACUGCUCCCUCCUCCCCCUCCCCCCAACACACAGCCUGAGCCACUCUCCCCGGCGUGGCCAGCAGCUUCCCACG